CGGCACGACCAAUCGGCGUCCCGGAAGGAGCGAGCCGAAGCAACUGAGCCGGCGAAUGACAGCAGCGCCGCCCGCCGGUCGCGGCCGUAGCCCCGCUGGUGUCCCGAGCCUCCUGUCAACGCGCCCCUCUGGAAGGCGAGUGGCGUGCCUUCGCGCCGCGCCUCCCCGCGUGUCUGUGGCCCAGCGGGGUCUCUCCGCUCUCCCUGGCGCUUGCCCCGCUGUCCCUCCGCUGCUGGGGCCAUGGGCAGCGAGCAGAGCGCGGAGGCCGAGAGCCGCCUCGGCGAUCUGAACGCCUCAGGACUCGCCACUGACGCCCGAGAUUUGGCUCACACUGGAUUGAUCAUACCCAGGACUUCCAAGAUCAGGUUUUCUGAAAAUCGGGGUGUCGAGGUACCUUUUCAGAAGGGACCUGUGAGCACUGGACGGUCACUCUCAAUGUUUGGGUGCAAAUAUUUCCAGAAACUGCUCUGGCCACUCAGGUAUCAGUGACUCCGUCCCCAGCUAAACAUCGGGCCAAGAUGGAUGACAUCGUGGUGGUAGCUCAGGGCUCUCAGGCCUCGCGGAAUGUCAGCAAUGAUCCCGAUGUCAUCAAGCUACAAGAGAUUCCAACCUUCCAGCCCCUUUUAAAAGGGCUCUUGAGUGGACAGACUUCCCCAACAAAUGCCAAACUGGAGAAGCUAGACUCUCAGCAGGUGCUGCAGCUGUGCCUCCGGUACCAAGACCACCUGCACCAGUGCGCAGAGGCGGUUGCUUUUGAUCAGAAUGCUCUAGUCAAGCGAAUCAAAGAGAUGGACCUGUCCGUGGAAACCCUCUUUUGCUUCAUGCAAGAGCGCCAGAAAAGAUACGCUAAGUAUGCAGAGCAGAUCCAGAAGGUGAAUGAGAUGUCAGCCAUCCUGCGCCGUAUCCAGAUGGGUAUAGACCAGACGGUGCCACUGAUGGAGAGGCUCAACAGCAUGCUGCCAGAGGCUGAGCGCCUGGAGCCCUUCAGCAUGCGGCCUGAGCGGGAGCGGCACUAGCAGAGCACCUGGCCCCUGAUGCUUACUUGAGGAGGUUGACCCACACGGACUUUCCCCUGUCGUAGUUCUUCAUAACUGAAGUUGGGACAGUUGAAUUCCCAGGAAUGGUGUAAAGAACUUUGCAUCAAGAGUUAUUUUUAUUUUGCUCAGACUUUUUGAAUUCAAAGUGUAGGUAGUCUAGCUACUGCAGUGAAACCAUGGAGAAACUGUUCUCCUGGGCACUGUGUGAGACUUUACGCAGCUCUCUGAUUUGUGGUUGUAAAUAUACGCUCUAACUGGUUCCAGUUACUGUUCCCACCCAGUGGCACCCAUCACAUCAAGGAGGUAUCUGGCACUGUCUUCCUGUCCUGCCAGAACACCAUCUUUUUUGUUUUUCUGGUACCAUGCCCCUUCUGUGGGUCACUGGAAGCUGAAGACUGCCGUCACCCACUCAUGAAGGUGUUUCCCAUUAGAACUGCUUUCCAUACAGAGCUCAGGCUUCUGUCAGCCCGGCAGACCUUGGCUUCCAUGACAAGCUUUGCGCUCACUCUCCAGAGGCCGUCCUCUCAUGCAGAGACCCUCUGACCUUCACUGAUGUGCCAGGGACACUAAAGAGGCUACGGAGCCUCUGUGUGCCUCGGUGUCUGUAGGGCAUGAAGCUGGGGAAAGAGCCAGUAAUGCUGCCCAUCACAGGACUUCAGUGGAAGGGAGAGAUGCAUUGAGUGCAGGGGUCAGGCAGGGGUCAGGCCUGAAGAUAAGAGUUGGGUCUGAGGGCGCUGUCAGGGCUGGGAGCCUACAGCUUCCCCCUUCCCCGUAUCCCUCCAGAAUCCAGAGCGAUUGUUAGGUGUCACAAGAGCCUUGGUGUUUUUAUAAGAUUAAAAUGAAUCUGAUUAAUUUAUUGUGUAGCAGCAAAA